GAUGUUAUGUCGCAAUUUUACCCCCUGCCGUCAAAUAAGUUAACAGAUCUGUUAAAUGGAAUGUGAAAUUACUAUGUUACCCUUUCAUAUUACCCCAUAUGGUUUGUUCUACUCUACAAUAUUACCCCCUCUCUCAUAAGCCCUCCACCACCACCAUCAACCACCACUGCCACCACCUAUCACCACCACCAUCUCCCCCACCAACCACCACUUCUAAUUGAGCACAUUUUUCAGAAUUCUUUCCAUCCACAUUGAUAUUUAACUCUUUUUGUUCAGAAUGCUUUAUCCAGUCCAUUUUGGAGGCAAAUGGAACCGCUUUUUGGUUUUGUAUCUGAUGUGGACAUGUCCUGUUUAAAGCAACAGGGAAUCACUCACUCCAAUAUUAACACAAUAAACUCAGUUCAUCAAGACAAUUAUAGUUCUGGUACACUUCCUAACGGAACAGAAAACAGAAGCAUUGAACCAACCGUUGGUGCGGAGGGAAUUCCCCUUAGUCAGAGACUACUUUCUGCCAUAAUUUUCGAAGAAGGAAAUGACGGGCUUCCUUUUAGUGGGAACAAUGAAAACAAAUUUAAUGUUUAUAGAUCUUCAUUUGAGUUUGAAACAGAUGUAGAGCCAAAUGCCGUCAAUCAUCAAUCAUUGUAUGAAGCCAAAGAAAGUGCAAUAAUUUUUAACGCAAAACACUUUCGUUUUGGCCAGCCUGAUCUACCAUGUAACGGGAAUGAAGACAUUAGUGGAGAAAUCCGCCGACUUGGAGAAAAACAUCGUGAACAGAGGAGAGUAGAAGAUGUGAAGGAUCACAGUUGA